AUGCAUCCUGGGCCGGAUUCCUUGGGUGCUCCUCCCAGCUUUGCGACGAGGAGACCGAACGCGUCCAAUCUGCCUAACUUCGAGCUGCCACCACCUCAACUAUCAAGCCUGCAUAAGUAUCAGCCCUUUGCAACAAUCAGUGCUAGCCAACCGUCCGCAAUACCUUGCUCAGUUGCAAGCGUCGGCAAUCUCUUGACGCCUCCAAGCAAUCUGCCAGGAGAUGGCCUGAGUCCAGUCUCGGGAGUUACCACCACCAGCUCCAACUCAACGCAAAAUAUUCCACCAUAUACGCCUAACGGCUACGUAUGGUCGCCGCCAAACCCGUCAGGGCACACACCGUACGGAUUCCACUCCGGAUCUGCACCUCAACAAUAUAUGUCCUCACGAGGCUUGCCUCCACCACCAUACGAACUGAACUUACCUCCAUUUCCCGCGUCCGGUGCGAUGUCGGCUCCGUCUUCUCUGCCUACGAUGUCAGCCCAGCAGCAGGCCAUGAACAAUAUGAUGAAUGCUCAAAAUUCAGCGGCAACGACCUCGGCCACGCAACCAUCUCCUAUUCAUGCGCACGAAUCCUUCCACCGACCUCCUCCAACUCCAACUUACUAUAGCUCCCAACCAUCGACAACACCUCAGCAAUCCCACUUCCCUUAUUCCACCGGCCCCUCUCCUACUCAGCAAAGCCCCUUGAGCGCCGGAGGACCCAUGAGAAUGUCCCCACCGAAUCCGUCUGGCUCGGUUCCAUCGAUGCAAUCUCAGCCCUCGGCUUCCCCUCAUCCUUACCAGCGACCAUUUGGCGGCUACUCUGGACAUCCUGGCCCAGUUUUGUCGAAUAUGAACAACCCGAACGGUCAGCUAGCCCUAGUCGGCGGUAUGCCACAUGGCAUGAUGCCUGGCUUCAACAGCGGUCACGCUGCAAACAUGGGUCACAUGUAUGGUGGACAUCACCCAGUGCAACAAACGCCUCCCAACGAUCGGCCGUUCAAGUGCGACCAAUGUCCACAGAGCUUCAACCGUAAUCACGAUCUGAAGAGGCAUAAGAGGAUACAUCUUGCGGUCAAGCCUUUCCCCUGCGGUCACUGCGACAAGAGUUUCUCAAGAAAGGACGCGCUUAAGCGUCACAUUCUUGUCAAAGGUUGCGGCAAAGCUGCAGCAGCCGCUGCUGAGGCUGAGAAACUGGACGGCUCUGUUUCCCCGACCGAGUCGAAGGGCACCGUGGUCAGCGACGCUGAGUCCAAGCCCACAAUUGCAGCGCAUUAG